GCGGCCGGCCGGCUGCGCGAUCUCUGGCUCCCUCGCUCGCUCUCUGCUCUCAGGGGAAGGCAAGCCGGGAAGCCCCGGUAACCCGCCCUCCAAGAUGAAGAAGCUCCAGGGAGCUCACCAUCGCAAGCCCAUUACCCCAGACCUACUGAUGACCCCCAGUGAGCAGGGGGACGUGGACCUGGAUGUGGACUUUGCGGCGGACCGGGGGAACUGGACAGGCAAACUGGACUUCCUGCUCUCCUGCAUCGGCUACUGCGUGGGCCUGGGGAAUGUCUGGCGCUUCCCCUACCGAGCCUACACCAACGGAGGAGGUGCCUUCCUCGUGCCCUACUUCCUCAUGCUGGCCAUCUGUGGCAUCCCCCUCUUCUUCCUCGAGCUCUCUCUGGGCCAGUUCUCCAGCCUGGGACCCCUGGCCGUCUGGAAAAUCAGCCCCCUCUUCAAAGGUGCCGGCGCGGCCAUGCUGCUCAUCGUAGGCCUGGUGGCCAUCUACUACAACAUGAUCAUCGCCUACGUCCUCUUCUACCUCUUCGCCUCCCUCACCAGCAACCUGCCCUGGGAACACUGUGGCAACUGGUGGAACACAGACCUCUGCCUUGAGCACAGAGGCUCCAAGGAUGGCAAUGGAGCCCUGCCCCUCAACCUCACCAGCACCGUCAGCCCCAGCGAGGAGUACUGGAGCCGCUACGUUCUCCACAUCCAAGGCAGCCGGGGCAUUGGCAGUCCUGGGGAGAUCCGCUGGAACCUCUGCCUCUGCCUGCUGCUUGCCUGGGUCAUCGUGUUCCUCUGUAUCCUCAAGGGCGUGAAGUCUUCGGGCAAGGUGGUAUAUUUCACGGCCACGUUCCCCUACCUCAUCCUGCUCAUGCUGCUGGUCCGAGGAGUCACCCUCCCAGGGGCCUGGAAGGGCAUCCAGUUCUAUCUCACCCCUCAGUUCCACCAUCUGUUGUCUUCCAAGGUGUGGAUCGAAGCUGCUCUUCAGAUCUUCUACUCCCUGGGUGUGGGCUUCGGGGGUCUCCUCACUUUUGCCUCCUACAACACGUUUCACCAGAACAUCUAUAGAGACACCUUCAUCGUCACUCUGGGCAACGCCAUCACCAGCAUCCUGGCUGGCUUCGCCAUCUUCUCCGUGCUGGGCUACAUGUCUCAGGAGCUGGGGGUGCCUGUGGACCAAGUGGCCAAAGCAGGCCCCGGCCUGGCCUUUGUCGUCUACCCACAGGCCAUGACCAUGCUGCCUCUGUCGCCCUUCUGGUCCUUCCUUUUCUUCUUCAUGCUCCUGACUCUUGGCUUGGAUAGCCAGUUUGCCUUCCUGGAGACCAUUGUGACAGCUGUGACAGACGAGUUCCCGUAUUACCUGCGGCCCAAGAAGGCUGUGUUCUCGGGGCUCAUCUGCGUGGCCAUGUACCUGAUGGGGCUGGUCCUCACCACCGACGGGGGCAUGUACUGGCUGGUGCUUCUGGACGACUACAGCGCCAGCUUCGGGCUAAUGGUGGUGGUGAUCACCACGUGCCUCGCCGUCACCCGGGUGUAUGGCAUCCAGAGGUUCUGCCGGGACAUCCACAUGAUGCUGGGCUUCAAGCCGGGCCUGUACUUCAGGGCCUGCUGGCUGUUCCUGUCCCCGGCCACGCUUCUGGCCCUGCUGGUAUACAGCAUCGUCAAGUACCAGCCCUCAGAGUACGGCAGCUACAGAUUCCCAGCCUGGGCAGAGCUGCUGGGCAUCCUGAUGGGCCUGCUGUCCUGCCUCAUGAUCCCAGCCGGCAUGCUGGUGGCCGUGCUCCGGGAGGAGGGCUCGCUCUGGGAGCGGCUCCAGCAGGCCAGCCGACCGACCAUGGACUGGGGCCCAUCGCUGGAGGAGAACCGGACUGGCAUGUACGUGGCCACGCUCGUGGGGAGCCAGUCACCCAAGCCACUGAUGGUGCACAUGCGCAAGUACGGGGGCAUCACCAGCUUCGAGAACACUGCCAUCGAGGUGGACCGCGAGAUCGCUGAGGAGGAGGAGUCUAUGAUGUGAGACAGGAGGCAGGCGGACAGCCUGCCGGGCCGCAAAGGGUAGCUGUGCCCUCUGGGGCUCUGAGAGGCCCCGAGGCCGUGGGAGGUUGCCCCGGGUGAUGCCGGUCCCCCGUGCAAGUCCUUUCUUGUGGCCUCUGCCUCUCCUCCGUCUACCUUCUCCGCGCGUGCACACAAACCCACUCAGAGCUCAGCCCUCAUUUCGCAGAUGGAUGAACUGAGGCCAGGGAGGAGGGACUUGCCCAAGGUCACAUGGCGGAGGGGACUGGACGCCAGGCCUGCUGGCCAACCAGCUCCCUUUCUUAUGUGGCAGGUGGGAGCAUCUUCUCAUCUCCGUUCAGGGCCCAGACUCCUCUCUUUUCUAGGGGAGGCUCCCCAUACACUUGGAACAGCCAGAAUCCGAGCUGGGCAGGGACGCCCAGGGCAUGGCAAGGCCCACGAGGCCCCAGGCAUCAAGGGUUAGCAAGUCAGGUCGGAGAAGGACCCCUGAGGACUCAUGUGCCCACCAGGUUUCCUGAAGGAGGCGGGGCCUGAAGGCCCUGGAGGAUGGGGCAAGUUGGGAGGGAGAGAGGAAGAGGAGGGCAGGGGAUGGAGGCCCCCGUGUAACCCCCGUGCCUCCCCUGGAGCCCCGGGCAGACACCAAAGUGUUCCCAGGUUACAGCAGGGUCCAGGUGGGAA